UGCCUUGCCUCUAAUUGGGCAUGCAGCCUGAAACCUUGCCUUUCUUUCUUCGGUUCUUCCAUUACCCCCAGGCCCCAGCGUGCGUGGUCUCCUUCCUCUCGUGGCGACGACCGAGCGGCCGUCGCUGCCUACGUGCCCAGUCCUGUUCGUCCCUUCGCCGGCGACGGCCACGACCUGGUACGCCCAUCCUCUACUCUUCUCUUCAUGCUGUGCGGAACCGAGCAUCCAAGCCCUAAUUUACUAUUUGUAUUCGGAUCUGAUCUGAUCUGAUCUAAUUAUGCCUACUAACCUGGUGUCCUUUACUGGAUCCGCCCAUAACUGCAUCUCGAUUCAUAAUUUCGUUCAUUAGUUCAUUGAAAGAUUAGCUUAAGAAAAUGUUCCUGAUACAAAUCUAAAUAUGAAAUUCUGAAUCCUUUAUAGCACUGAAGCAAAUAACUGAAUCUGAAUCCGCCAUGAUAUAAAUAACUGAUGUAUGUCUACUAAGUAUAAUUUUGCCAUGGUAGUGUUUCGUUGAGGAAAGAAUGAUAUACAUUGCCAGAUGACUCCUAGCUAAUUUUGCCAUGGUAGUAUUUCCUCGAGGAAAGAAUGGUAUGCAUUGGUAGAUGACUCUUACCUUACUUGAAGUUAGAUCUUUAUGAUGCAUGAUAGAGUUUCUGUCUGUACAACUUCUAACAUGGCCAAUCAGCAACUAAGAAGUGAAUACCCAAGUUCGAAAUGAGACCAUUUCCCACUUACUAAGCACUACCUUUUCCUUCUCUAUUUUCAGUUUUUUAAUUCAGACCACAAUAAUAAGUAAACACUUGAAGUUGACAAUCCUAGUAUAUAUCUUGGUUAUUUCCUUCCAAAAUAUUUUGUUAGCACGAUAUGAUUACCCUCCCAUCUGACUCUCCCCUGGUAGCAUCCACCUGCUCUGAGUGUUUGAGUAGUAUCACUAGCAGUAAAAAUCCAUUGAUUACAAACAACGAGCAGUGAUCAGGACACAUCUGGUCGAUAAUGCUAUUUUGAUGAAUGCACUUAGUUUGUAAUAUGUAACAGAAUCACAGAACAAUGUCGAUGAAAGAGCGACAACUGAGCAUUUGCCAUGCACUUUAAUUACUUUUAUGAUCAAUAAUUUAAUACAAACAUAUGUCUCUACCAAUGUUAAAGGAUUUUUCACGUACAUUUUUUGUUCUACAAAAGAAACCGAGGAAACAACUCAGUUCAAUUGUGUAGGCACAAUUUUUUUUCUCGAAAACGCAGCAGAAUGUAGGCACAAUUUUGAAGCCAAGUUAAGGAUUUUUUAAAUUUCACUUGUAUGUUUGGUUGAUAGGACCUGAACAAUCAGAUUGUAUUGUUUCAGGGAGUUCAGUAAAGCGAUGAUUAGUUUUAUAUGAUGACAGUAGGCAUCAUGUGUAAAAGAUGUCUUGUUUUCCAUGAAUCCAUAGUGCAUGGUUCUCAUUUAUUUUUUGGAUAAGGGUUCUCAAAGUUUGUGUUUGGGUUUGCCAAUUCUGUGUUUACAGCCAUAAAAUCUCAUCCUUCCUGUUUCAGAUUAAGGUUGUCUCCAGCAGCGUCCUCUAUAUCCAUCCUCUAUACUUGUCCUUUACUUUAUCAUCCGGAAGAUUUCCUCCUCUCCAGCAGCGUCCUCUAUAUCUCGUCCUCUCUUUUAUUUUUUGUACAUACGUAUUUUUCAUACUCUCAUUUUUUUUGUACAUAUUUUAGUUUUGCUAAAUCUGUUGUUUAAAGUAUUAAAAUGGAUAGAGGAGAUGAGAGAUAAUCUCUAUAUAUUAAGGACGGAAGAACAUCCUCUAUAUUUAGAGGACGCUGCUGGAGGGCAUAGGGGAGGGACUAUCCCCUAUAUUUAGAGUACGAUCGUUUUAUAGUCCAUUGCUGGACUCAGACUAAUAGCUGAAGAAUUAUUGGCUAUUAAUCUCCCUCCCUCCCCAUCCCCCUCUCUCUGAACGUCAUGUGCAGGCUCCAUGGAUGAUGUACUAAAUCUGUUUGUUAGUCACAGUUUGUCAUUAACCAUGUUUUUUGUACUCUGCUACACAUAAUACACAUAUAUUGUGGUUGUAGCAAUGACCUAGGGUGUGCAUGAAUACAUUUGUUGUUGUAUUGGGCUAAUUGUGUCAAUCUGGCCCUCCAAGCUAGGGCUGGGCAGAUUUACAUCAACAGUGAAGAACUGAACCGAACCGACAUUGAAUCACUGAAAAUCUCGAUUUUCUUGGUGUCCGGUGAUCAGUUCGAUUGGUGAUCCUGUGAACUUCGGUAUUUGGGUGUGGCUUCGGUUUUCAUACCACGAACACCGACAAACCGAGCCCCCCUCCCCCCGCCCCGAACUUGACCUGCACCGCGUCAAUCCAUCAAUGAUUCAGCCCAUUAUCCUAGGGCCCAGGAGCCACUUAUUCCCUCAGCCUGUGACUUCUCCAUCUGUUUCGUUUCUCCAAGCGACGACAUACUUGGUCUGUAAGCGGCGGCCGCGCAUGGCGGGUGUCAGGUGAGCAGCAAGGGGCAGAGGUGCCGGCCAUGUGGACGAGCAGCGUGGGCGAGAGGCGAGGUACAAGUAGCAGCGGUGCGGGCAUGCAGAGAGCCAGGGAGGCAGCAGCCAUGCGAGGUUAUAGGCAAAGUUUGUCCUGAACUGUUCAUCAUGGUGGAAGGCUGGGUAUUCUCUGCUUUGUUAGUGGUGUUUCUAGCGUUCACAACACCUUGUGAGUCAUUCUACUUGCCAGGUAGUUAUAUGCACACAUAUCAGCAAGGUGAAGUAAUAAGGGCGAAGGUGAACUCUCUCACUUCCAUUGAGACAGAACUACCCUUCAGUUACUACAGCCUUCCAUACUGUCGUCCCAGAGAUGGGGUUAAGAAGAGUGCUGAAAACUUAGGCGAGCUUCUGAUGGGUGAUCAAAUAGAUAAUUCUCCGUACCGUUUCCGUGUAAAUGUCAACGAAUCUCUGUAUCUGUGUACUACAACCCCACUUGACGAGGCUAAUGUGAAGCUCCUCAAGCAGCGUAGCCAUGAUCUAUACCAGGUGAACAUGAUUCUUGACAAUCUUCCUGUGAGGAGGUUCACAGAGCAGAAUGGAAUAACCAUCCAGUGGACAGGCUAUCCAGUUGGUUAUAUUCCAGAAGGCACUUCUGAUGUCUACAUCAUCAAUCACCUGAAAUUUAAGGUCUUGGUCCAUAAGUAUGAAGGAGGCGAAGUAAAGGUAGUUGGGACUGGGGAAGGAAUGGAAGUGAUCUCAGAGACUGACAAAGAUGCCAAUUCUGGAUAUGAGAUUGUGGGAUUUGAAGUUGUCCCAUGCAGCGUGAAGCGUGAUCCUGAAUCCAUAUUGAAGCUUAAUAUGUAUGAUAAAGUCGAUCCUGUGAACUGCCCUGUGGAGUUGGAAAAAUCUCAAUUGGUUAGGGAGAAAGAGAAGAUUACUUUUACUUAUGAGGUUGAAUUUGUAAACAGUGAUAUCAGGUGGCCAUCACGGUGGGAUGCAUACCUGAAGAUGGAGGGUUCGAAGAUUCACUGGUUUUCAAUUAUGAACUCAUUGAUGGUAAUUCUAUUUUUGGCUGGCAUUGUAUUUGUCAUAUUCUUGCGUACAGUGAGGAGGGACUUGACUCGGUAUGAAGAGUUGGAUAAGGAGGCCCAAGCUCAGAUGAAUGAGGAGCUCUCUGGUUGGAAGCUUGUUGUUGGAGAUGUCUUCAGAGAACCAACCUCACCGAAGCUGCUCUGUGUCAUGAUUGGCGAUGGGGUUCAGAUUUUGGGUAUGGCAAUUGUUACCAUUUUCUUUGCCGCAUUUGGCUUCAUGUCUCCUGCAUCGAGAGGAAUGUUGUUGACAGGGAUGAUAGUCUUUUAUAUGUUACUUGGAAUUGUGUCUGGGUAUGCUGCUGUCAGGCUCUGGAGGACUUUAAAAGGAACGUCCGAGGGAUGGAGGUCUGUCUCCUGGUCAACUGCUUGUUUCUUCCCUGGCAUUGUCUUCAUUGUCCUCACUGUGUUAAACUUCAUGCUGUGGACAAGAAAUAGUACUGGAGCCCUUCCCAUCUCACUUUUCUUUGGCCUUUUGUCCUUGUGGUUCUGUGUCUCCGUGCCACUUACCCUUUUAGGUGGUUUCUUUGGCACAAGGGCUGAGCCAAUAGAAUUCCCUGUUCGAACCAAUCAGAUACCAAGAGAAAUCCCUACGAAGAAGUACUCAUUGCUCUUCAUACUUGGUGCUGGAACUCUACCUUUUGGAACACUCUUCAUCGAGCUCUUCUUCAUUCUUUCUAGUAUUUGGCUUGGAAGGUUCUAUUACGUGUUUGGCUUCCUCCUUGUCGUGCUUCUUUUGCUGAUUGUGGUGUGUGCUGAGGUAUCAGUUGUUCUUACCUACAUGCAUCUCUGCGCGGAGGACUGGAGGUGGUGGUGGAAAGCUUUCUUUGCUUCUGGAACAGUGGCCCUUUAUGUGUUCCUUUACUCUAUCAACUACUUGGUGUUUGAUCUCAGAAGCUUGAGUGGGCCAGUUUCUGCUAUUCUCUACAUUGGAUACUCUUUCGUUGUCUCCCUUGCCAUUAUGCUAGCGACUGGUACCGUUGGCUUCCUGACGUCGUUCUCUUUUGUCCACUACCUUUUCUCAUCAGUCAAGAUUGAUUGAAGAUCCAGGGUUGUCUUUACACAAAAUCACCUGUGAGCUCAAAUGAUAUGACCAUUGCAUCUUGAAGGCCUUUCACAGAGCAGUGCUGUUUGUAAUGUAGCUUAUUACCGAGAGUCUGAGACUACUGUACCUUGUAAUGAAUAGUAUAUUUCAGCAGAUGUGUUUUGAAGUUUGUCACACUUUGCUACAGCAUUUUGUUGACCUGCCAAUACUGUAGGAAAAGUCUUGCGUUUAUUAUCCCAUGGUGCCAUUUUGUUGUCUGUUUCUUUCUGCAAGAUUGGCUUGCAGCUGGAGAACUAUACGUUCUUAUGGUAUAAUAUACAUGUGCAAAAUGUUUCCCAUG